AUGACGGGCCUCAAACGCUCCAACGUGAUCAUCAUCCACCCGGACCUGGGCAUAGGAGGCGCGGAGCGGCUCAUCAUCGACGUGGCGCUUGCGCUCCAGAACCGAGGCCACCGUGUGACGAUCUACACCUCCCACCGCGAUAAGUCGCAUUGUUUCGAGGAAGCGCGCGAUGGCACUCUCGAUGUCCGUGUGCGCGGGAAUACCGUAUUGCCCGCGCACAUCUGUGGACGUCUGCAUGUCCUCAUGGCGGCGCUGAGACAGCUCCAUCUUACCGUGUCUGUGCUGCAAGAGCUGGGCUCGAACAACGACACCACGACCGACUCGUCAAACCCCGAAGACGACAUUUUCAUCGUUGACCAGCUCCCUGCUUGUGUGCCUGUGCUGAAAUGUCUGGGCCAGCAGUUUGCGCAGACCCGCCAGCGGAUUCUGUUCUACUGCCACUUUCCGGAUCAAUUGCUUGCGCGACGGGAUGAGGGGAGCUCGGUUUUGAGGCUUGCGAAGGUCCUUUAUAGGUGUCCGUUUGAUUGGUAUGAGGGGUGGGCUGUGAGUGCGUCGGACAAGGUGGUUGCCAAUUCGAACUUUACGCGCGGGGUUGUGAGUGAUGUCUUUGGGUUGGGGAAGUUUGGGGAUGUGCGGGUUAUCUAUCCGUGUGUUGAUACAAAUGGUGGAAAUGAGAAAGCCAUUGAAGGGGAGGAGAAGCUUUGGGGUGGGAAGAAGAUAUUGCUGAGUAUUAAUCGGUUUGAGAGGAAGAAGGAUAUGGCUCUUGCGAUACGGGCGUAUCAUGGACUUGGUGCGGAGAAGAGAAAAGGGACUCGGCUGGUAAUUGCUGGCGGUUACGACAACCGGGUCCAGGAGAAUGUCCAGUAUCACAAGGAACUCGACGAGCUGGCAACUAGUCUGGGAUUGCAGACAGCUACAUCGAAGACCGUCGUCUCUGCGCUCUCCAUCCCCGACUCAAUAGAUGUGCUCUUCCUACUUUCCGUCCCAACCGCUUUCAGAGAUAUCCUCCUUUCGCAAUCCAAACUGCUCCUCUACACCCCCAUCAACGAACACUUUGGCAUUGUCCCCGUGGAAGCCAUGCAUGCCGGUAUCCCGGUUCUGGCUUCGAACACUGGUGGGCCAUUGGAGACCAUUGUCGAGGGCGAAACGGGCUGGCUCCGGGACGCAAAGGUGGACGCCGAUUGGACCGCCGUUAUGGACAAGGUCCUGUACGGGAUGGACCAGAAGGACGCCGAGCGCAUGUCAGUCGCAGGCAAAAACCGAGUCGAGGAGGAAUUCUCUCUGACCGCUAUGGGUGACCGGCUUGAGAGGGAGAUUGGGGACAUGCUCAGCUCCGAGAGACGGCCAUUCAAUGGAUCGCAGCCGCUGCUUAUCGCCCUGGCGCUGUCUGGUUUUGUGCUAUCUGUGCUUGCCAUACUGAUUUUGAAGACUCUUUAA